ACUUGAUUCCUCUCGCUUUACUUCGUCAAUAUAAAUUGCUCUCUCUAUUCUUUUCUUUGCUUCAUGAGCAUUACAAAGUUCGUACGUACACCUUUUGCUGUUUGUUCUUUAAUUUGUGGGGAAAUUUCAUUUUUCUUUUAAGCUUUACCCAGUCUCCAUUGGGGAUUGGUAACUUAAAAGCAAAGUAACCGGCUCAUUUGAUCCCGGAAAUUCAAUCAUUUGUGACAUUUGCUUUAGAUUAGAGAGAGAGAGAGAGAGAGAGAGAGAUGAUGAGCAUUGUAGAGAAAAAUAUCAAAGAAAUUGAAGGUCGAGGAUUGAUCGAUGUGGUGUUUUCUUGGUCUAUAGGUGAUGUGAUGAACAAGGACCUUUACAGGAAUAAGGUUGAGCGAAUUCCGGAGACAUUCUAUUCAGAAAAACACUAUCUCCGGUCAUUCAACUACCCUCUUAUAGAAGAAACACAUGCUGGUCUGCGGUCAAGUUUUACUUCUAAGAGUCGUCCACCUGCACGUGAAAUAUUUGAUGUCAACCCUAACAAAGAUUUCAGACCUCCCAAAGAUUUGUUCUAUACCAUGACACUGAAAGGAAAGAGUGAAAGUGAGGAAGACAAAGGAGUAUAUGAACCAGAGGUUGGAGAUUUAAUUGCCUUGACGGAUGUGAGACCAAAAUAUAUUGAUGAUUUGUACAGAAGGCCUUAUAAUUUAGCUGUACUUUACAGCACCAAAGAUGACGAUUCUACUAAAUUUUCAGUCAUUUCUUCGAAGCCUAUCGUGUUUGAUAUGCAGGACAGGGACGAACUUUUUGCUGUUUAUCUUAUAAACUUGACGACAAAUAUCCGAAUAUGGCAAGCAUUGAAUCCAAACCAGAUAGGAGAAAACAUGAAGAUCAUUAAGUCGGUGCUGAGAGUCAAUCCAUCAUUUGAAGAAACUUGUACUGUUUGUUCCGUUGAGGAAUCAAUUACUCAUGAAUCUACGUUAAGGGAAUCGAUUGGCAGUUUUGGCAUGAAUGAUUCACAAGUAGCAGCUAUCUUAAAUUGUAUUGUUACAAGAGAAUGUCAUCAUCGAAAUGAUGUGAAGCUGAUAUGGGGUCCCCCGGGAACCGGAAAAACAAAAACAAUUUCAUCGUUAUUGUUUGCCCUGUUGAGGAUGAAAUGCCGGACAUUAACUUGUGCACCAACCAAUGUAGCUGUCAUAGGAGUUGCAACAAAGUUACUGAGUUUGCUAAGUGAUAAAUUAUUAGAAAAUACAUAUGGAUUGGGAGACAUAGUUUUAUUUGGUAAUGGGGAACGAAUGAAGAUUGACGACAAUGAAGAUCUUUAUAAUGUAUUUCUCGACUAUCGUAUUUCUAUUCUGCAUUGGUGUUGUGAUCCACUUUUUGGGUGGAGAGCAAGUAUAGUAUCAAUUAUAGGCUUGCUUGAAGAUCCUGACGAGCAAUAUCAACAAUAUUUGAUACAAGAAAAAGUAAAGGACAAUGGUGGUGGUGGUGGUGGUGAUGGUGAUACCCGCGAAGAUGAUGACAAUGAGAAGCAGAAGAUUAAGGAAGAAAAGGAACAGUUUAGAAAAGAGAAACAGAGUGGUAGCGAAAAUGAAGCGACAGAGAUGAGCUGUGAAAACAAGAAAGGCACAAUAAAGAAGAAACUUAUGAUGGAAACCAUCCAUACCUUGAGGGAAAACAAAAAGGAAAGAUCAAAUAAAGGAGAGAAUAUGAAGGACGACAAAAGAAAGGAUAAGAAUGAGAAAAACAAAGAAAAAGCAAGCAACGAAGGUGAUACUAGAUGGACAUUUGAGGAGUUAAUUAGAAAGAAAUUUGAUUCAUUAGUAACGCAGAUAAUGUUUUGUGCUAAAGGCUUGUGCAACCAUUUGCCUACUUCCUUUCUUAAUUUGGAAGUAGUAAAGAACAUUGAUAGAGUUCUUGAUAUGCUUCAAACUUUAAGAAAUUCAAUCCUAAAUGAAGAUUUGAGACAAGUCCUAAAUGGAGCAGGAGAAAUCAGAUCUAAGUGCCUUCAAAAGAUGAAAUUCCUUCUAGGAACAUUCUCUCUACCAGAUUUCACUGAAUAUUAUGAAAUUCGGGAUUUUUGUCUAGCACGCGCAUGCUUAGUUUUCUGUACUGUUUCGAGUUCAGCGAAAUUGAAAAGUGGAGAACUGGCACCAUUUGAAUUGUUGAUAAUUGACGAAGCUGCACAACUAAAGGAAUGUGAAUCUGCUAUUCCUCUACAGCUCCCUGGUCUUCGCCAUGCAGUACUCGUUGGAGAUGAGAAACAACUUCCAGCAAUGGUUCAAAGCGAGAUAUGUAAGAAGGCUGAUUUUGGGAGGAGUUUAUUUGAGAGGCUUGUGAUAUUAGGACGCAGCAAGCACCUUCUUGAUGUUCAGUAUAGAAUGCAUCCCUCAAUAAGCUUAUUCCCGAACACGAAGUUCUAUGGCAAACAGAUUAGGGACGGUCCAAAUGUCAAGGAACAAACCUAUGUAAGGCACUGCCUCGAAGGAAACAUCUUUGGCUCCUACUCGUUCAUUGACGUGACCAGUGGGAAAGAGGAAUCUGAUGAUAGGUAUAGUAAGAAAAAUAUGGUCGAGGUCUCUGUUAUUGCUGAGAUUGUAUCCAACCUCUAUAAAGAAUCUAUUGCCUCUAAGAAAAAGGUGCGUGUUGGUUGCUUGUCACCAUAUAAAACACAAGUUUUUGCAAUUCAGCAAAAACUGGGAAAGACGUAUAGCACAGAUGCUGACGAAGAUUUUUCAGUAAAUGUUAACUCUAUUGACGGUUUUCAAGGUGGUGAAGAAGAUGUUAUAUUAAUCUCUACUGUCCGGAGCAAUGAUAAAGGAAAUAUUGGUUUUCUUUUUGAUUGUCAACGAGCAAAUGUUGCUCUGACUCGAGCCAGGUACUGCCUUUGGAUAUUGGGCAAUAGUGCAACUUUACUAAAUAAGGAAUCAGUUUGGAAAGAAUUAGUUCUGGAUUCCAAGAAUCGGGGUUGUUUUUAUGAUGCUUUUGAGGACAACAAUUUGAAACAAGCAAUUGUUUGUGCCUUGGUUGAGCUUGGCCAGGUCAAUUUGUUGUUUGAUAUGAAGUCCUCUCUGUUCCAAAAGGCAAAGUGGAAGGUUUGUUUUAGUGAUGAAUUCUUGAAAUCCAUGUCCAAUAUUCAAGGCAUCAAUAUCUGUAAAGAGGUGAUUUCUCUUUUGGAGAAGCUAUCAGACGGAUGGCGUCAUCUGCACAAACCUGAAAUUCUCAGUAACAUGGAUAGUGCUGCUUCCCAACUGUUGGAAUUAUAUGAUGUCAACAGGCUAUUGAAAUUGAUUUGGACCAUUGACAUUCUUCGGGAAAAUUCAAGUGACAUUCAAGUUAUCAAAGUUUUGGACAUUUUGCCAAGUUAUGAGAUAUCAGAAUUGGCCAAGAAAUUUGAUUCAGCAUUCGGGGAGUAUACAGUUGAUUAUAUGAGCCAAUGCUUGUGCAAGCACGUUGAAGGGGACUUGGUACUUCCAAUGACUUGGCCAGUGAGUACAGAUGCUAGAGAUGUUCCUUCUGGCAGUGAUCCAGUACAAGAGCUAGCAAGCCAAGUGGUGGCAAUCGGUAUACAGGAUGAGCCAGGAGUAUGAAUCCUGCUGGAUGAACUACUGCUGCUAAAAUUAUUACGUGAAAUAUGAAGUGGAAGAAGAAGCUCUUGAUUGGUUUUUCAAGAGAAGUGUUAGCAGAAACAGUUUGUUUUUGCUGAUUCUGGUGUUUAAAAAUAAAUUUGUCUCUUUAUUGUAGUUGCAAUAAUAUAAUAGUAUAAAAACUUCAUUUUCGCUA